AUGGAGCUCGAACCUGAAGAGGACGAGGAGCCUACCCGCCCUGCCAAGCGUUCGCGGACAUCUCGUACCUUGCACCGCAAGACAGAUCACUCAAUCAUCGAGCGCCGCCGCCGUGAGAAGAUCAAUGAUCGGCUCGUUUGUCUGCAAAACACAGUGCCGGCCUGCCGCGAAAAGGCACGCGAGUACCUACAGAAGAAGAAUGCCGCAGCGCCUAUGGGGGAGUCCGAAAUGAGUGAACGGAUUGCGUCCGAUAUGGUCCUGGAAAAGCUGUGUAUUAUCUCUCAUACGGUCGAUUAUGUGAUGGAGCUUCGUGCGAAGCUCAAAGCGUACGAGGCGCAGUGUAGCUGUGAUCCCAAGCUGCCCAUCACCGCUGAGCGUGAUGACGAUGCGCAUUGCCUCGCCGUGCAUCCAGACAAGGCGCAGUGUGCGCGUGGUAGCCCCGGCACAAGUGAGAGUUCUGAAGUGAAGUCGGAGGAAACAGCCGAAACGUCGCCAGAGCUUGGCAAGCAAGAACUGUGUCAUGACGACGAGUGCGAAGGAGGUGCGAUGCCCCGUGCGUCGACACCGACAAAGGAGGAGAGUAAGGCGGGUGGCCCGAUGCAUGCACAUCCCCACCACCACCAUCACCAUCAUGAUAUGUGGUGCCGUUCUUGGCGGCCAUGGAUACCCUGGCAUGCACGUGCGUGUCAUAUGCAUAUGUACUACGAGCCACCUAUGUACGCAGCGCCAGCGCCAGCGCCGCCACUUCCGCCGCCGCUCACGUCGCAUGGCUCCCCGCCUUCCUGCAUGCCACGCGAGGCUACACCAUGGUGCGGGACACCAAGCCGCCCUCCUGCCUCAUGGGAGGGACCUGCUCUUGGCGCGCAGGAAAAGGCGCAUGCUUACACUGCCAUGGGCCGGCAUGGAUACCAUCGACAUGCACACCACCACCACCACCACAGUCACCACCAUGCCAGGUCCCUUUCACAACAGGAUUUGCAUCUCAAGGGCAAGCCAUGA